ACUCUCAGUGCACCUGAAUCAACGCUGGAUGACAUGAUGUUCCGGGCCUUUUCCCUUCCCCCUUCCACCUCUCCCUUCCUCGUUUUCCUUCUCCUUUAUUUACUUCCUCGGCCUCUUCUCUUCUCCACACUGUCCCACGUCCCGCUGAGUUGGACUUCACCUCACGAUCCCUGCUACCACCCGGACGGGCGUCCUCGCCACUGUCUCUCCGAGUUCAUCAACGCCGCCUACGGGGUGUCGGUCAACGCCAGCCGCUCCGUCCGAGGCUUCGAUUUGGACGGAAACAUCACCACCUUGACGGACCUUCACAAUCCUCACAACCUCACCUGCUGGCAGGCUCGAGGGGAUCAGAAUAGCGGGGACUGGGUCCUCACUGUGCCCCUGGGUCGGCGCUUUGAAAUCACCUACAUAAGUCUGCAGUUCUGCCAUCAUGGGGAGCCGUGGGACCCUAUCUCCAUCUCCAUCUUCAAGUCCAUGGACUACAGACACACUUGGAGGCCGAUGCAACAUUAUUCCAGCGACUGCUUUGGGGAUUUCGGGCUCCCUUCUCAGACGGUGGCCCAGAGCAGACACCAGGAAACAGAACCACUGUGCUCCGAUCCUCGGCCCUUGCAGAAGCAGCGGGGCGGUAUCGUGCUGGCGUUCUCGGCCCUCGACGGACGGCCGUCGUCUCCUGAUUUUGAUUAUAGUCCCACUUUGCAAGACUGGGUGACGGCUACAGACAUCCGUGUGGUCUUCCGCCAAACAUCUACAAACGCAAAAAUGGGCUCAAGCAUGAAGGAGGAUGGAUGGACAGAAGAGGGACAAGUGGGAGACCACGUGAGGUGGAGUUCUGCCGACGGCGGUGAUCCGAUUGGCAACCUGAACACAGAUAACGCGCCGGCCUUUUUUAAAAGUGCCACAAAAGACUCUGCAAUGAGCACGCAGAAGAAAGGAGACAAGCUCCGAGGGAGAGGUCAUCACAAGGGUGCGAACAAUGCGACCAGCAAGGAAAGCGGGGAGACGUUCGGCUCGGACAUUUCCUCAAAAGCUCGAAAGCUUGGCCGCAAGAAGGAGGGUGACCAGAGACUCCUUUGUCCCAACGGUGACGGCAACUGGAGGGUGGAGGGACGCCACAGGGGCGCCAAGGGACGAGAACUGAGGAAGCGACGAAACAACCGUCCCAACACCCGCCAAAGCUCCAGAAAUCUACAGGCGGCACCACGACCGCUCCCUACCGCACCCGCCCUGCCCCCUCUGGCGCUCUCGGACCUGCAGGUAGGGGGUCGCUGCAAAUGCAACGGACACGCUUCCAAGUGUCGCCAUGACGACGCAGGCCGGACCGUGUGCAUGUGCGAGCAUCACACGGCCGGCCCGGAUUGCGACGUGUGCGAGGAUUUCUACUUUGACAGACCGUGGCAUCGGGCCACGCCCACGAACCCAAACCCUUGUGUGGCGUGCGAGUGUAACGGCCACGCCACCAAGUGCCGCUUCAGCAUGGAGGUGUUCCAGCAGUCUGGACGGCGCAGCGGGGGCGUGUGCCUCAAGUGUCGCCACCACACCGCCGGACGCCACUGCCAGUACUGCCACAACGGGUACACCCGGGACCAAAGCAAGCCGCUGCAGCACCGCGAGGCCUGCCGACCUUGUCAGUGCCACCCUCUGGGAGCCGUGGGUCGCUGGUGCAACCACACGUCGGGUCAGUGCCUGUGCCGGCAAGGAGUGACCGGCCUCAGGUGCAACCGCUGCGCCCCUGAAUACAAACAGGGCACGUCGCAUCUGCGGCCCUGCGUCCGGAUUCAAGAGGUUGCUCCAACGCCAGCGUUUCAGCCGCAAUACAGCAUCGAUGAGGAGUGUGCGUCCCACUGCCAGCCUUCGCAGGUUAAAGUCCGGAUGAACUUGGACACAUACUGCCUCAAGGACUACGUGCUGAAGGUGCAGGUGAGAGGGAUGGAGCGUUCGGGUCCAUGGUGGCAGUUUUCCAUCUCGGUCCAAGUCGUCUUCCGCACGGGAUCCCCGUCGCGCAUCCGCAGGGGCCCGCGGUCCCUGUGGGUGCCCGUCCGGGACCUGGCCUGCGGCUGCCCCGCCCUCCACGUGGGCCGGACCUUUCUGCUGAUUGGCGCCGACGAGAGCGAGAGGGGCUGGGCGCCGGACGAGAGGAGACUGGUGGCCGAUCGCUCCACGCUGGCCCUCCAGUGGCGGGAACACUGGAGCCGCAAGCUGAGGGGCUUUCGCGGGCAGGACAAGAGGGGCCGCUGUCCCGAGCAACCCCCCCACCCUCACAGGAAGCCCCCGGAGUCCCAGACGGGAUACAUCCCCCCUCACCUGCUGGCUGACACGGACGUCGGAAGCUCGGCCGGCGAGGUCUCGACCUCGUCGCCGCGACACAAGGUCACCCAGGAACGAGAAGCGUGA